GCAAGUGCUCUAUGUCCGAUGACUCCAUCAGCAAGUCAUCGGCAUAGCGAACAUAGUGAAUCCUCCUAAAAUCUCUGGCGAGGCGAUGAAUGUGAGGGCCGAAGCCGAGGAACAGUACCAGACGGCAGUCCGUGCCCAUCUGCAAAUGGUGUCCGCACUCAUCGAUGUCCAAUUCCAGCGUAUAAAGACAAUUGAACGAGAAUUCAGAAUGCAUCUGCGCAUGCUGGAAGAAGAGUUUGACACUGAGAGGGCAGAGAUCAUUGCCAGCCAUAUGCGCCUAAAGAAGGAAAUGCUUGCGAUAAUGGCAGCAAUGGAAGCAGAAUUCCGACAGGCAGAGGCAGAACAGAAACAGGAGUUCGAGAGCCAGAGGGAGGAAAUCAAGAACCGCAACUCUGAGGAAUAUAACGUUCUGAAGAUCUCUUUGGAAAGCACUGUUGAGGAGCUUGAGCGACAUUUUGAGCAAGCUCAUCAGGCAUAUCUCGCCAGCACGGACGCUCGCACACAGGCCUUUAAGCAGCUGACUGAGAGGGACGCCGCAUGCGCUCGCAUCAUUGAGAAGCGUAUGCGGAAGCUGAUCCGGCUGCACGAAGCGUUGGCGCACUGGAGGGUGAAGAUCAUGAGCAACAGUCGCGAGUGGGAGCAAAGAAACAAGGAGUUGAAAGCUGAGAAGGACAAGAUGAACCGGCAUUACAAGGACUUGAAGACCCGUAUGAACAGGUUCCGACACGGAGAGUAUGAGAAGUUAAAGAUUCUUUGCGUCGCUAGCGGGAGGACAAUCAAGGCAUUAAAGGAAAAAAAGCGGGUUGUUAGUAAAAUGUUGAGGCUUGCAGAAGUCAAUGGAAAGAUGGAAACUGAGCAAGAGAAGAUAGUCCCAUUUUUCCCAAAUUAUGUCUCGUCGGUUCCCACAAUCCGUCUGCCUGAGCUGGAAAUGGUGGAGAACGAGUUCAAGGGGGAAGCAGUGGAUAAGGAGGACAGUGUGCCUUCACAGCCGAAGACAGAAACUACAGAAAAUGAGCAAGGUGAGAGAUCUGCCCUUGGCUGACGUUAUGAUCUGCUUAAAAAUAAAAUAAAUUAAAAUAAAAAUU